AUGAUGAAAAAUACUAAAACUAACAGUAAUUUGCCUGAAUCAAUGCAACAUAUGAUUACACCACAAUACGAACAGAUUGUCAAUGAAAUCGAAAAUAUUUAUCAUCAUCCUGAUAUAGGACUUAUUACAAUUGCUCGUUGGCUUAAUCUAUCUAUCAUGGCACCAAAUAAAAAAAUAAGUAUAUUACUGAUCGGCAAUCAUAGUGCUGGUAAAUCAUCACUUGUUAAUUGGUAUAUUGAAGAUAAUGUUCAACGAACCGGAGUAGCUAUUGAAACUCAAGGUGUGUCUAUUAUCACAAGUGGUAAACGACGAGAAUCACUUAUGGGUCCAGCCACAAUGCGUUUAUUUCCAUAUCUUAAUGCUUUGGGAAACAUUCCUGGUCUUCUCAACUAUUUAACUACGGAAAUAUCAUCAUCGAAACAGAAAAAAUUUCCACUUGUUUCAUUUAUUGAUACACCCGGUCUUGUUGAUGGUACUAUGGCAUAUCCAUUUGAUGUUGAUCAAGCAAUUCUUUGGCUGGGUGAUUAUGCUGAUCUCAUUUUUGUUUUGUUCGAUCCGAUCGGUCAAGCGUUAUGUAAACGAACAUUGACACUGGUCGAACAAUUAAAUAAAUUAAAUCCCGAAAAGAUGCACUAUUAUUUAGCUAAAGCUGAUGAAGCUGGUAGUGAUCGAGAUCGGCAUCGUGUGCUUAUGCAAAUUGUACAAAAUCUAUGUCGACAACCGGAAAUUUCUAAAACUAACUUUGAUAUGCCAACUAUUUAUUUACCAGAUUUAGCUAAAGAAACACGUUGUACGAAUCAAAUUCAUGAAGUCUGUUCAACAAUUGAUCAUGCUGUAUUCAGUGGUGUACAAAAAUCACUCAAUACACUAAACAAUGAUUGUAAACGAUUGGAACAAUGCAUCAAUGAAAGAUUAGUUUUACACGAAAAAGUUAAAGUCAAACAUCGAUCAUGGAGUAUUAAACUAUCAAUCGUUCAAUUUAUUUCAUUGUUACUAGUUAUACUUUCAUCCAUAUUACUCUUACGACGUUAUCUUGAAACAUCACAUCUUAAAAUUUCCACGUUUCUCGAUGAGUCAUCAACUUCAUGGCAAAUCAAUUCUACUCUGAAUUCAAUUGAUGAUUUUCUAUUUUAUCCAGCUUAUUCAUUACUAUUCCUAACUAUAUUUAUUAAUGGAGUUAUUUUUUUCAUUGGACGUUUCAUAAAAAAUCGCCAAAAAGAUGUACUUAAUGACCGAGAAAAAAAGAUGUUUGUCGCAUUUAAACAUCAUAUUGAAGCAAAUGUCAGUGUUAAACAAAAAAAUCUUUAUGAAUCAUUUUUGGCUGAAGCAAUUGAUUAG